ACAUAUGAAUGUCAUUAAAAUGAAAAUGGACAGACCAAACAACAACAAACAAACCGCACCAGAAAAAGAAGGCCACGCUCUCUGUCACUUCCCUCCUAUUUCUUCCCCCUCUCUCUCCCCCCUUUGUCUUUGCCAAUCUUAUCUCUCUCUCUCUAGAUCUUCUCCUCCUCCUCCUCCUGCAACUUCUUCCCACAGUUCUUGAUCAAGCUUUAAGUUUUACUCAGAAAGGAUUCCUUUUUAUUGAUCUUCUUUACUCAUUACGUAUUUGUGUGAGCAGAGGAACAGGGGGGGGUUUGAUACACUAAAAGAAAAACAGAAGUGUAUAGGAGAAGGAAUCAAGAUGCCGUGGACAUCCUUCUACAUGUUUUUCAACAGGACUUGCACUCGUCUCGUUGUCUUUUUCCUCGUGAUUCUGUAAAUUUCCAUACCUUUCAGGCGUUGUUUCCGGAAUUUCGGAGUAUCUCUUUAUUGUCGUUGUUGUGCGUGUUUUAGUUUGAGAAUGUGCUUUGUUGGAAACAAGAAGGGAAACCGAGCAUUGAAAGAAAUAGGAACCUUUAUGAUGACUACAUGUUUCAUUGCUAAUUACCAAUCCGUUCAAGUUUCACAGGCAGAAUAUUUCAGACAGUUGCUUAAGCCUGUAACGUAGUCUGGUUUCUUCAGUUUCCGAAAAUUUGGGGGGUCUUUUGGGCGGCUGUCUACUUUUGGUUUCGAAAAAAGGUUUUGUGAGAUAUUAAGUGUUUGGAAAAUUCUGAAAGAGCUGUGUUGACAUCUGAAACUCCUUUGGGUGGAGAAAGCUUCUGGUUUGAGGGGGGUAAGGGCUCGGUUGGAACAAAUCGUGAUAUCUCUUUAGUAACAUGGCCACAAGUUGAUUCUAGCAUCUGGUUCAGUUGUCAACGUUGUGUAACCGAGCAGCUCGUAGUUCUUUAAGGUUUAGGACUUUGUUUUUUUUUUCACUUUUAUAUACCCUUUUGCGCGGGUUUCUCUAAUGCAGAACAAUCAGUAUCCCCACUUCUCUGACGAAAUGGGUGAUGGGAACAUGAACUUCCCAUAUGCAUCAUCGUCCUUUGAUGAUUUGUUCCCACCGUGUGCCAAGUUACCAUUCCACGGCGUUGAACUUCAACCCUCUCCGGUCUGUCCAAAGAACUUUGUCAUUUUCGACCAGACGUAUGACCACAGCCAAGUCAUGUACCAUCCUGACCUGACACCUAGGCUCGUGAAUUCCGGAUUAGCUUCCACGUUUCAGAACGAGUAUGCUGGGGGAAGUUAUGGUUAUAACUAUGGCCAAGAAGUCUAUGGUAACUAUGGCGGCCAAGAAGUAGUCUCCUCUUCUUACCAAGAAGAUCCGAAUGAGAUUGAUGCUCUCUUGAGCACAGAUGAGGAUGAUGAGGGGGAGGAGGAUGGUGGCGAUUCAGGAGAGGUCAGGACGGCUCGUAACGCUUCAAGGGAUUAUGGGAAUACAUCAGCUGAGUCUUGUUGCUCAAGUUAUGGGUAUAACAGCUCGAGAAGGAAGCAGAGUUCAUCGGCAAGUGCUGCUAGUAGUUCUAAUAAUGAUGGGAAAGGAGGAAGGAAGAAGAAGAUGAAGAAGAUGAUGGGAAUGUUGAGGAAGAUUGUCCCUGGAGGUGAAGAGAUGAAUACAGCUUCCGUUCUUGAUGAAGCUGUUCAGUACCUCAAGUCGCUUAAACUUGAAGCUCAGAAACUUGGCGUUGGACAUUUCUCAAACCAGUCUUGAAUGGUAUCUGGACCGUUUCUUGGCAAGUAAACCGGUCCUGGCUCUAUCUGGACCGCUCUCUCCUCUCUUAAGAUCAUCUUAUGAUAUAUAGUAUGUUGAAUCUCUCUCUCUUUUGUGUGUGUUUGCACAAGCUGUACUUGUGGAUUUGAUUUGAGUUUGGUUUUGUAUCGUUUGAACUUUUACUGUAAUCAUUUGUCAUUUGCUUAGUAACUUUAUGCAUUUUGCAUCUUAUUUAAAAAAAAAACAUUUGGUC